CAGCACUCUGCAGAGGCUCUACUGAUGAGAUGGUUUCCCUUGAAGAAGAACCUGAGCUCUCCACGAUACACGAAAACUUUGAAGAUGUCUCAGCCAGGAAAGCUGCAUCCCGCUGCUCUGUUGAAGACUUCAACGUGCCUGCUGCAGCGCCUGGAAUGAAAAUGUACAGACUGGUUGUUGUGAUUUUGGGACUCCUGUGUAUCCUACAAGCUGCUCUCAUCGUUUACCUAAUUUCACAGCAAAACUCCCUGACUGAAGAGAGAGACGAGAUGAAGAGCAUCAACCUUGAAAUGGUGGCAACUAACAAAAACCUGUCUGAGGAAAGAGACGAUCUGGGGAGGACUCUGAGAGCCGGGGGAUGGAUGUACUUCAGCGGUAGUCUCUAUACCAUUUCUCCUAUCCAGAAAAACUGGCAAGCGAGUAGGGAUGACUGUCUUCAAAAAGGGGCAGAUCUGGUGAUUGUCAACAGCAGAGAAGAACAGGAAUACAUAACACGUUUUCUGAAGCAGGUGUGGAUUGGACUCACUGAUCGAGAGACAGAGGGCAGAUGGAAGUGGGUCGAUGGGACCCCGCUGACCACAAGCUACUGGUACACCGGUGAGCCAAAUGGAAGUUCGAAGCUGGACGAAGACUGUGCAAAAAUAUAUUACGAUGAUGCAAGAAUAAGCUGGACAGAUAGCCAUUGCAGUUAUAAUACAAAUGCAUGGAUAUGUGAGAAGAGAUUGGCAUAACUCCACAUCUAGUCCCACAAAACGAUGAUGAAAAAAACAGGAACAAGUUGCAUUUCUCAUUUUCAGCCUAAAUUCAAAUGUGGAGGUCCAGGUGGGCGAGGGGUUGGACUCUCACGUAGAUAUCUGGAGUCACGUCAUGUCUCAUAUAUAGGAUUAAUGUUCACUUUUUUUAAACUGUAAUUGCAAUUCCUAAAAGUGUCUUUUCUCUGCUUUUGAGAUUAUAAUAUUGGCUGCCUGCUUUUAGAUUAUCUUAUUUCAAUCAUGCCAACUUGAAAUCACGUCCUGGUGUUGUGUCUUGGAGAUGUAAUGAUUUUAUUUUAUUUUCAAAACAAAGUCUGAGUUUUCCGAUGAAUCCCUCACUAUAAAAUAGACUGAGCUGCAUUUGACAAACAGGUCACACGUUUUUUUUGUAAGUCAUAUGAGAAAUUAAUGUUGCAACAUUUAUUUUCACCAAGAGGACUUGGGUCUUCUCCAAGUCUUGUUGAUGAAGAGCAGUUCUCAAAGUAUAGAGGGAAGUGCAAUUUUGUAUGGAUGGAUGCUUUCCUAUUUUUAUUUUAUUUUAAAAGGAAUUCAGAGUUUGUUAUAAAAAAGUAAUGUCAGUACUUAGCGUACUACUGGAUGAUUAUGUAAGUUAACUACAGGGGUUUAUUUUACACCGGAUAUUGGUGAUAAUGUCAUUGUGAAUGUGGUCAAAUUGUAAGUGAUAUUUUUAAAAAUUGUCAAACUAAUAAGUACAGAGAUAACCAGUUCUGGUGCAAAUACAUAAGGGUAGAGUAUAGUCAUUCAGAUAAUACAACAUUUAAAAACAUGAAAUGUCUUUGCAUUAUGUGUCACUGAUAAACAACAAUAAUGAUGAUUUUCUUUGGAAGUAAAAAUAAAUGCGUGAAUUGUGAAUAAAAGUCCAAAUUACACAAAGUACAGAAGAAUCAAUACGUCAAAGCUGCAGAGGUUGUAACAGCAAGCGAGUUGUGAACAUUAAGGAAGAAGAGAGACCAUUUGACUUCAAACCAGGAAGAACAAGAGUGGUUUUGCAGUUUUAGGCGAUGAAGAAUAGUAUUUAUUAUCAUAUGCAUAUGUCUGGUUAAUGUUGCAUAAUGUUUAUAUUUAUGUAAGUGCAUGGUUCGAGUCACUUUGCAAUCUCGGCGCGGCUGCUUCUGUUACAACUUUCUGGUCUUUUCCAUACCCGUCAUUAACUAUAAUAUAACUAUACCUUAGUGUGAACUACUAAGGUUUCCCCUUGAAAAGAGAUGUUCUGAUCUCAACAGGACUUACCUGGUUAAAUGUAGGUUUUCAAAAAAUAAAUAAAUAACAAUAAUAGUGUGUGUAUUAUGUUAUAAUGCAGUUUUAAAUAUGUGUUAACACGAUGUUCAAUUUAAAUGUAAUUCAUUUGAUUGGGACAAACCCCUUUGUAAUAAAACAAAUACAGACCAUUGAUCUGAUGUGCUACACA